AUGGAGCCGGGAGAGAGAAGAGCUCUACAGAUAAGGCAAGUGCUGCUUUUCUUUGUUUUCCUGGGAGGGUCUUUGGUGUGUUCUGAGACUUGGAGAUAUUCUGUGACCGAGGAAAUGGAGAUUGGCACCUUUAUAGCCAACGUGGUUAAAGAUAUGAGUUCAAAUAUAGAAAACCUGGCUGCACGGGGGGGCAGAGUUAUCUUUGACGACUAUAAACCUUAUUUGCGGUUGGAUCCUCAAACUGGCAACUUGUUCUUAAAUGAGCGACUGGACCGGGAGGCACUCUGCGAUCUCACCGAGCCAUGCAUAUUGCAUUUCCAGGUGUUAUUUGAAAAUCCUUUGCAAUUUUUUCGGACUGAGCUUUUGGUCAAAGACAUAAAUGAUCAUGCUCCCAUGUUCCUAGACAAACAUAUACUUCUAAAAAUCUCAGAAGGUGCUUCUCCAGGAACUUCAUUCCAAAUGGAUAGUGCUCAGGACUUGGAUGUGGGAAAGAAUGGUGUCCAAAACUAUACAAUAACCCCAAACCCCCACUUCCACCUUAAAUUACAAGACAGUGAUGAAGGCAGAAAAUACCCAGAGCUGGUACUGGACCAAUCUCUGGAUCGAGAGAAGGAGCCUGAGUUUUGUUUAACUCUAUCAGCAUUUGAUGGCGGGUCACCGCCCAGAUCAGGGACUACACUGAUUUGCGUAGUGGUCCUGGAUAUCAACGAUAACGCACCCAAAUUUGAGAAGCUGGUCUACGAGGUUCAGAUACCAGAGAACAGCCCUGUGGACUCCUUGGUCAUCAAAGUAUCCGCCACAGAUUUAGAUGCAGGAAUAAAUGGAGAGCUAACUUACUCGUUUUCGCAUGUAUCCAGAGACAUACGGAAAACAUUUGAAAUCCAUCCAACUUCUGGCGAAGUCCAUUUAAAAGCACUUCUAGAUUUUGAGCUAAUUCCAUCUUACACCAUAAAUAUUCAGGCCAUUGACGGUGGGAGCCUUUCUGGAAAAUCAACCAUUUUAGUGCGGGUCGUAGAUGUGAAUGACAACCCACCAGAAAUAGCCAUGACAUCUCUUACCAGUCCCAUACCUGAAAACUCAUCGCCUGAGGUGGUGGUCGCUGUUUUCAGUGUACGAGACCAAGACUCUGGAGAAAAUGGGAGAAUGGUUUGCUCAAUUCAGGACAACCUCCCUUUUCUGUUAAAGCCCACCUUCAAGAAUUUCUACACCUUAAUAACAGAGCGUCCACUGGAUAGAGAAAUGAGAAGUGAAUAUAAUAUCACCAUCACUGUCACUGAUUUGGGGACACCUAAUCUGAAAACUGAGCAAAACAUAACAGUGCUGGUCUCCGAUGUCAAUGAUAACACACCCACUUUCACGGAAACCUCUUACACCCUGUUCGUCCGCGAAAACAACAGCCCCGCCCUGCACAUUGGCACCAUCAGCGCCACAGACAGAGACUCAGGCACCAACGCCCAGGUCACCUACUCCCUGCUGCCACCUCAGGACCCACACCUGCCCCUCGGCUCCCUGGUCUCCAUCAACGCCGACAACGGACACCUGUUCGCCCUGAGGGCGCUGGACUACGAGGCCCUGCAGGCCUUCGAGUUCCGCGUGGGCGCCACAGACCGAGGCUCCCCCGCGCUGAGCAGCGAGGCGCUGGUGCGCGUGGUGGUGGUGGACGCCAACGACAACUCGCCCUUCGUGCUGUACCCGCUGCAGAACGGCUCUGCGCCCUGCACCGAGCUGGUGCCCAGGGCGGCCGAGGCGGGCUACCUGGUGACCAAGGUGGUGGCGGUGGACGGCGACUCGGGCCAGAACGCCUGGCUGUCGUUCCAGCUGCUCAAGGCCACGGAGCCCGGGCUGUUCAGCGUGUGGGCGCACAAUGGCGAGGUGCGCACCGCCAGGCUGCUGAGCGAGCGCGACGCGGCCAAGCACAGGCUGCUGGUGCUGGUCAAGGACAAUGGCGAGCCUCCGCAGUCCGCCAGCGUCACGCUGCACGUGCUGCUGGUGGACGGCUUCUCCCAGCCCUACCUGCCGCUCCCGGAGGCGGCGGCGGAGCAGGCCCAGGCCGACUCGCUCACCGUCUACUUGGUCAUCGCCUUGGCCUCGGUGUCGUCGCUCUUCCUGUUCUCGGUGGUGCUGUUUGUGGCGGUGAGGCUGUGCAGGAGGCACAGGGCGGUGUCUGCGGGUCUCUGCUCAGUGCCUGGGGUCCAUUUUCCCAGCCACUUGGUGGACAUUAGCGGCACUGAGACUCUGUCUCAGAGUUACCAAUAUGAAGUCUGUCUGACUGGAGGCUCUGGGGCCAGUGAGUUCAAGUUCCUGAAGCCAGUUACCCUCAACCUCCCGCCCCAGGGUAAUGAGGUGGAGAAAGCCCCCCCUUUGUGAAUGGCUUUGAGUUCAAUUAAGGAUCUA